AUGCACCAACCAAAACUAGCCGAUCUCUUCGAGGAAUUCACAAGACCUCACACCUCAACAGCAACAAACCCAAACAAUGACCCCCACAAUAGCACCAGCAAUAGCCGCGACGCAAACACAGUAACCUACGGCUCAACCUCACCAACCACAAUCCCUUCCUUCCUGCCCAUCGAAGACAUCUACGUCGCGCCCCAAUACCAGCCCCCAAACCCCGAAGACGAAGACGACGUUGUGCCGGAUCAGCAUGCCGCAUUUGGGAUUACGCGCGCUAUGGAUCGGAGACAUGAGGCUGUUUGGCGGGAUCUUGGUCUUGAGGCCCUUGUAAAUGGGGAGGGGCAUGGUGCGUCUGGUCCUGUUGCGGCUGGGGGUACUGGGGCUGCUGGUGCGGCAGGGUCGGGGCCUGGUGCUACGAUUCGCGGGAGUGGGGGUGGUGCUGCGGUUGCUGGGGCUCCUGUUGUUAGGGUUCGAGAGGCGGGCAGGAGGAUGGGGGGUAGGAGGGUCAUUGGGUUGAGGUGA